GCGAACCAAGAUGGCGGCUGUUGUUGAAAAUGUUGUCAAGCUGUAAGUAGCUACUGUUCUUUCCCCCUAGCUAGUUAAAGUACGCAAAUGUGUUUUACGUUUAAAUAUAAUAAAGGUCGGAGGUAAAGAAACAUGUAAAUGGUAUAGUAAAUUGUCUAAGAUGUUCGGUAAAGGAACCAAAUAACUCAGUUUUCAAACUGAGUUGAGCUCUGCGUUAGGAAAUGGCUAGCCAGCUUGCAAGCUGUGUGAGUGUCAGGACUCAGCAGGUCAGUUUAGCUAUGUCAAGGGUUUUUGUAUGAAGAGUAGUUAAUGAACACUUUGAAAAUAACCAAGUGUCAUCAUUAUAUAACCAAACGUUGGGCACUAGUUAGCAAAUGUACACGAAGACUUGCAUAUCCGCAACUCCAUCCGUAAUCUUAAUUCCAGGGGGAGUUUGAAAACACCCACGGUGAGAGAGAGAGAGAGCUGAGAUGGGGACAUGUUAGUUUACAAUCAUUAGCAUGUUAGCUGGCAACUUGGUUAUUAAGUUUAGUUAGCUGCAGUGCAUAGAACUACAGUUGUUGUUUUACAAUGUAGGCCUACAAGUUAGAAAUUAGUCCAGAUCCUGUUGUUCAAUAUGUGUUCUGAAUAUAUCUACUGACACUGUCUGCAUUCGUGGUCCUGGGAUGCCUUCAUGUGGAAAUGGAAUGCAUGUUAUUUUUAGCUUUCCAACACGAAAUCCAUGUCACCACAAUGCAUUAGUCACUAUGACAAAUGUCCUUGAGGCAUUGUUAAAACUAGCUUUUGCCAAAAGAGUAGAGCAAUAUGAAUCAGAAAUUCUACCAAUUUCAAAAAAAUUCCAUGCAACUCGAGAACUGGGGUGUAUUAUCACGGAAACCAUUUACCGUUUAAGAAGCAAACAGAGCAAACUAAACGGGGAGGGACUCAUCUGAAUUUGUCCAAUAUAAACUCUUGUUUUAGUUGCAGGUAAACCUUUUCGCAACAGAACCGGUGUAAUACACACCUGUUGUCUAUCAUAGACCUCUUUCCAUACCCACUUUCCCGAAAGCUUUUGUAUCCCUUUACCUAAAAUGGAUUUAAGAUUGUCUUAGUGCUACGAAGCUUUGAAGAUAGAUUGAUGUAAGUAAAAAAUAGGUUUCACUCAAGCUGAUUCGUGUUGAAAAGCUGCUCCCAACCAGGCAGACCGCUGUUGCCAAGCCAACAAAAGAGCAACUGCUGACAUAUUCUCACCAGUGACUGAGUCCAGGGACACAAUGAUGUAGUCUGCUUGCCUGCCUCUCUGAGUUGCCAGCAUAAACAGGACAAAAAGGUUUUAGCUGUGGCUGUGAUAACAUUUUUAAGCCUCUUUUACAGCACACUAGAGAGGUAGAAUUCAGACAGCAUGAUUCGUCUUAAAGAGGUGGUAGGAUCACAUACCAUAGCAUCCUCGAUAUGGUAGGGAUACACUCCAGGUACUGUCAGUUGUUGAACUGAUGCAUAAAUGUUUAUUUAUUUAGAUCCCCAUUUGCUUUUGCAGAAGCAGCAGUUACUCUUCCUGUGGUCCACAAAAAUGUAAAUUUUUUAUAACAGACAGUGUGUUUCCUGGUGCUAACUUGUCCCUGGCUGCUCCUCUCUGUGUGUGGGUGCAGGCUGGGAGAGCAGUGCUACAGAGAUGCCAUGGAGCAAUGCCAUAACUACAACGCCCGGCUAUGUGCCGAGAGGAGUGUCCGAAUGCCCUUCCUGGACUCUCAGACUGGAGUGGCGCAGAGCAACUGUUACAUUUGGAUGGAGAAGAGACACAGGGGACCAGGUAAAUACAUUACACAUCUACACAAACUGAAGUCACAUACGGUUUUUCAACUACUGUGUUCACAGCCUCGAGUAGUAGGCUAAAUGAAUGUUUCCCGACUCCAGUACCCCCAAAAGUACACGUUUUCGUUGUGGCCCGGUCAAGCCCCUGACAAGUUGAAUGAGGUGUGUUUGUCCAGGGCUACAACAAAGAUGUGUACUGUUUGGGUUACUCGAGGACCGGAGUUGGGAAACACUGUAUCAUUCAUCAUCACCUCAUGAUCAGGAGAUGAAAACCAAAGAGAUCACUGUAGUUCAAGCACUCGGGAGAAAUUGUGUUCACCUAUUUAAGCUGAAACUUUAAACAAAGAAUUGUAGAUAUAAAGUGAAAGUUAAUAAUGCCUGUUUUAUAGGUCCACAUAAAAGUCUAGAAUGGAUUUAGUUACGUUAGUUGUAUGUUAGUGUGCACCUUAUCUGUCCUUUCUCAGGCGUGGCCCCAGGACAGCUGUACACCUACCCAUCCCGCAGGUGGAGGAAGAAACGACAGGCCCACCCCCCAGAGGAUCCCCGGCUGGUCUUCCCCCCUCUAAAGUCAGGUACGUCCGCAUUGUUAGCAGUUUAUGUUAUUCUUCAAUAACACAGACCCCAAAGCAAAUCAGGGGGAGAAAAAUAUAUUUAUUCAAAGAGAACAAAUAAUAGUUGUUAUGCUGGGAAGUAGAUGGGAGAUGUUCAUUCUUCCCUGUUCUCAAUGUUUCUCCACUAAACAAAGAGACAGGAUGCAGCUUAUAUCCUCAAGCCUAGCAUGUGGCUGACCAAUUAUAAUUCCUUGCAAUAAAAUUGGGCUACUGGCCAAACCCUCAAGUAUCCUGUUUCAGGCUCAAUGUAUAGACCAUUUGGACCAAUGAAAACUUGCCACAUGUAGCUAUGAACCCCCGGUUGGAACCCCUACAAAGAUUCUAAACAGAUGUUGAACUGAAAAACAACUAUUUCCAUUGAUCGUUAAUUCCCUCUUGACCUAUAGUCCUCUAUUGACCACUAGUCCUCUAUUGACCACUAGUCCUCUGCGUUGUGUGUAUUUAUCGUAGAAUAUUCUUACAGUAUCAUGCGGGGCGCUUGUAACGCUAGGGUAGUGGGUUCAAUCCCCGGGACCUCCCAUACACAAAAAUGUAUGCACGCAUGACUGUAAGUCACUUUGAAUAAAAGCGUCUGCUAAGUGGCAUAUUAUUAUUAUUAUUAUUAUUAUUAUACUGGUCAGCUUAAUAACACUAUAGCGGUGUUGACAUGUUUGUGUGCCCCUCUGUGCCAGAGUUUUCUGUUGGUUCUUCACUCCUUUGUAAAGGUUGUUUGUGGUUCUCCCUGUCUGUAGAACUGGACCUGGGGUUGAAGAAGGAUGCCCUGUCAUCAUCUGAUGGCAGCAGUCUGGAAGCCCUGCUGAAGGGGGAACCCCUGGACAAACGGGGUCCUCCGGAGCUCCAAGGGCCGGAGGAGGAGUCCAGUCUGGCAGACUACACUUGUGGGGGAGUUACCCCUGCAGCACGCGUCAGAAAGGUACCUUAGCCUUCUGUGGUUGGAGGGACCGUGUGUGAUACCUAGCUUGGUUAUUACUUCUCCAAUGACAUUAGCUACUACAGCAACAUGCAUUCUUCUGUCUAUACAGAGAGUCCUGGAGCCAGAUGACUUCCUGGAUGACUUGGAGGAUGAGGACUAUGAGGAGGACACCCCCAAAAGAAGAGGCAAAGGAAAGGGAAAGGUGAGUGAAGCUAUUCUAAACCAAUAAUUGUUGGUAAUUUUACAUUACAUUUUAGUCAUUUAGCAGAUGCUCUUAUCCAGAGCGACUUACAGUUGGAAACUCACUUUACUCAAUGUUACGGGCAUGUGAUCUGAAAUGGUGGAUGUGUCCAGUGUGGCAACAUGUCUGUACCUAUGAUAUUGGCGAUGAGGAGUAUGAUGGUGUGUUUGUCCUUAGGGUCGUGGUGUGAGCGGUGCCAAGAAGAAGCUGGAUGCUGCGGCGGCUGCACUGGAGGACAAGGACAAGCCUUACUCCUGUGACAGUGAGUCCCAGCAGGGCCUUGGAGGAGAACAGUGGGAGUGCAGAUGGCUUUGCAGGGCGGCUUACUCUCUUUACUCCCUAGGAACUCUCAUGUUGGGAAGCAGUCAAAGUCGGUUGUUUUUCACUCCUGAAAUGGUCUUCCCUUGCAGCUGAAACUCAGACGGGGCGUUGUUGAUGUCUUUCUGAUUCUGUCAGUCUGUGAGCGUACUUCUCUGAGUCUCUCUCUCUAUGCUCUCUCUCCUUUUUCUCUCUCUUUCUCUCUUUCAGACACUUUGAAACAAAAGCAUAUUUCAAAACCUUCUGGACGAGGUACAUUUCUGUCAUUCCUUUUUGCUCUGCCUCCAGUCCAGUCUGCUUACUGCCUGUUUGUCUCGCUCUCUCUCUGUGUGUUAGCUAACAUGUAGAAUGCUUUGAGGUUAGUAAAUGUUGCUGCCUCCCCCUCGUCCACUGAAUUAGCUCUCAUUUUCAAGGUACAGAAUCUAAGUAACUUGAUAUGCUUGAGGGUGGAUUGUGAAUGUGGAGUGUGGAGAUGCAUUCUCUGUGCAUGAUUUCCACCUCACAGUUUAAGAAGUGUACUUUUUAAUGAUUUUAUCCUAAAUGACAUUUUAGGCUACUCAAACAUAGUUGGAUACAGGAACAUUUUGGCUCAGUUGGUGGAGCAUGGCGCUUGCAACGGCAGGGUUGUGGAUAUGAAAAUGUAUGCACUCACUACUGGAAGUCGCUCUGGAUAAGAUUGUCUGUUAAAUGACUAAAAUGUAAAACAUUUAUUUCACCCAUUAUAUUAUUGCGUCACAUCAUGGUCAGGUGGUAGAGCAUGGUGCUUGUAAUGCAAGGAUAGUGAGUUCGAUUCCCGGGACCACCCAUAUGUAAAAUGUAUGCACGCAUGACUGUAAGUUGCUUUGGUUAAAGCGUCUGCUAAAUGGCAUAUAUUAUAUCUUAUUGCACACACUAUAGCCAAUGAACUGUAGUCUGUGUUUUCUUUCAUGUCAUAAUCUGUCUUUGUGUCUCUUAAUUGAAUGUCUCAUUUGCAUUUCUUUGCUCCAUUCCAUUUUUCUUAACUUACCCUGUACUGUCUUGUCCUGUCCUCCUCACCUGUUUCUUUAGAGUGAAAUAGUGCCUCUGCUUUUGUGUUGAACCAGCUUGAUGUCUGGGCUGGCUGUGUGGGUCCUGGUGUGAGUGCCUAUGGGGGGAGAGAUUGUUGAGGAAUGCCUAACCUGGGUGCUGCACAAUGACCUUGAACUGGCGGUCAGACUUGCAUAGGGACAGGUGGCCUGGGGUUCAAAUCAAUUGUUAUUUGUCACAUGCUUUGUAAACAGCAGGUGUAAACUAACAGUGAAAUGCUUACUUACAGCCCUUCCCAACAACGCAGAGAGAAAAAAAUAAGAGCUGGGUUUGGAACUGGGGGGGGGUGUAAUGGGGGCUGGAGAUGGGGGUUGGGAGCUGACCCAGUCAGUAAUCUUGCCCCUCCAGGUAUCAGAUGAAAAACAUGAUGGGAUUGUGUGAAGAAAUGAGAGCGGGUGGGUGAGUGAGUGAGUGGAUGGCUGUCUGGGUGAGAGAUUAAGAGAGCGUGUGAGUAGGAGAGAGAGAGGAAGGGAGGAGGAAGUGUUUGGUCUGCUGGUGCUGGUCCAUCUGAGGCUGGGGAAAACACUGACAUCUUUGUUUUCGCCACUCUGACAAUCCAUCUAUUUAUACCCCUGGGUAUUAGGCUAGUCUAGACUCACCAUACCAUUCCAAAGCACCAGAGUUCUAGUCUGGCGUAGGAAGUUAUCAAAAUACUUCAUUAAAGUUAUUAGUACUCAUCUAAGCAAUGCUUUGUCCAUUCAUUAAAACAGAGUCCAUCAGGCCUUUUAUCUUUCAGUGGAGAAACAUUUACUCAGUUCUAGUAUGAAGGCUACUUAAUGGUUUACGUAUGUUUUGUUUUAACACGUGUUGUGUUUGGGGAUUUCUCUGGCAGUCUGUGGGAAGCGUUACAAGAACCGUCCGGGCCUGAGCUACCACUACGCCCACUCCCACCUGGCUGAGGAGGAGGGAGAGGAUAAGGAGGAGCCUGAGGUCCACACCCCCACCCCGCCCCAGCCUGAGGAGCCCAAGAGUAAGUGACCAGACACUGGUGACCCAUGUGGUCCUUUAUAGCUCAUUGGUUAACUGCUGUGUCAUAGACACUGGAUCAUUGUGCGAUUCCGGACCCUUGUUAAUCAAUAACCUUUGAAUGCAGACCCAUACUUAUCAUUUAAUUCUGUGUUUCUCCCUCACAGCACCCAAGAAAGGUCCAGACGGUUUGGCGAUACCCAAUAAGUACUGUGACUUCUGCCUGGGAGACUCGGCCCUCAACCAGAAGACGGGCCAGUCAGAGGAGCUGCAGUCCUGCUCAGACUGUGGACGUUCAGGUAGCCCCUCCAACCCUGGCCUUUACCCUGAGAGACAGGGCUCACCUAGGCCUUUGAGACCAUUUGUGUAUAUUUGUAUGAGCAUGCAAAGUAAUGCAUUUGUGAGUGGUAGACUUUACUUUAGGAUCAUACUAAGUGUGUUCAGAGUAAGUCGCAUGAUGGCGUAGUUACAAAGACCAGUAGUAUUAUGAUGGCGUAGUUACAAAGACCAGUAGUAUUAUGAUGGCGUAGUUACAAAGACCAGUAGUAGUAUGAUGGCGUAGUUACAAAGACCAGUAGUAGUAUGAUGGCGUAGUUACAAAGACCAGUAGUAUUAUGAUGGCGUAGUUACAAAGACCAGUAGUAUUAUGAUGGCGUAGUUACAAAGACCAGUAGUAGUAUGAUGGCGUAGUUACAAAGACCAGUAGUAGUAUGAUGGCGUAGUUACAAAGACCAGUAGUAUUAUGAUGGCGUAGUUACAAAGACCAGUAGUAGUAUGAUGGCGUAGUUACAAAGACCAGUAGUAGUAUGAUGGCGUAGUUACAAAGACCAGUAGUAUUAUGAUGGCGUAGUUACAAAGACCAGUAGUAUUAUGAUGGCGUAGUUACAAAGACCAGUAGUAGUAUGAUGGCGUAGUUACAAAGACCAGUAGUAUUAUGAUGGCGUAGUUACAAAGACCAGUAGUAGUAUGAUGGCGUAGUUACAAAGACCAGUAGUAGUAUGAUGGCGUAGUUACAAAGACCAGUAGUAUUAUGAUGGCGUAGUUACAAAGACCAGUAGUAUUAUGAUGGCGUAGUUACAAAGACCAGUAGUAUUAUGAUGGCGUAGUUACAAAGACCAGUAGUAUUAUGAUGGCGUAGUUACAAAGACCAGUAGUAGUAUGAUGGCGUAGUUACAAAGACCAGUAGUAAUGACGGCAGUCUGUGGGAAGCGUUAGACAGGGUUUGUCCAAUGAGACCCAUUCUGUGUCCAACCCAGGCCACCCGUCCUGCCUGCAGUUCACCCCUGUGAUGAUGGCUGCAGUGAAGACCUACCGUUGGCAGUGCAUCGAGUGCAAGUGCUGCAACGUCUGUGGCACCUCGGAGAACGACGUGAGUUCACCUGCAGGCUUCAUACUUAUUACCGUGGGACAAAUACUGUAUAUUUGAAAUAAAGUGGUGCGCUGAAAAACUGAGUUGUAUAAUGAGCAUGUUGUCUUUUGUCCAGGACCAGCUUCUCUUCUGUGAUGACUGUGAUAGAGGCUAUCACAUGUACUGUCUCAGCCCCGCUAUGGCUGAACCUCCAGAAGGUGAGAGCAGCAUAAUGGAUCUAGUGCAUCUGUCCGUGAUGUACCACUGGGUACCAUUUGCCUGUCUAAUUGGGGAGAUUUGAGUCAACUUGUUUGGUGAUGACUGUUGUGGUUUUAUCUCCGUAGGGAGACACAUUUAUCAGAGUACAUCUGGCAGAGCAAAAUGACCAAGUAGAACUCUCAGGCGGCGUAGCCAGACAACGAUAGCAUGGCCGGGUGAUUUACUGAUGAAUCACCGCUUUCAGCAGUUAACUAGCCUUGAAAUCUUCAAAUGUUUAGUCAAUGCAAAGUAUUAGUUAAAAUAGCCUGUACCUUCAGACCCAGUGACUUCGACUGGGCUAAUGACCAGAUGGGGAUCCAUGGAAGGCAGAGGAUAUUUAUAGCAAGUCUGUGUGAGUCACUCACCACUCUGUUUCCUUAUGUCCUCUAACAGGGAGCUGGAGCUGCCAUCUGUGUCUGGACCUGUUGAAAGACAAGGCGUCCAUAUACCAGACGCCUAAUGCCCCUCCGUCGUGAUGGACCCCCACUCUCUCACAGGUUCUCCAUCACUGGUCAGUAGAGCGGAGUGGGUGGGACAGAUGACUUGUGAAAAGGGAAGCAUACCUUACCCAGCCCCCUGCUGAAACAGGCAUCGGGAAGCAUACCUUACCCAGCCCCCUUCUGAAACAGGCCUCGGGGAAGCAUACCUUACCCAGCCCCCUUCUGAAACAGGCCUCGGGGAAGCAUACCUUACCCAGCCCCCUGCAGAAACAGGCCUCGGGGAAGCAUACCUUACCAACCCCUUGCUGAAACAACAGGCCUCGGUUUGGUUCGUAUAUGGCUGUUACACAGUUCCAAGCUCAAGUGACCUAUAGUCUUUUGUUUUCAACUAUUUGUCAAUAUAUCAAACUCAACGUGUCAAUAUCCUGAACAAUACAUUCAGUUUGUUUGAGUGGCUUAAACCACAAACAGUUUUUGCCAGCCAAAAUACCUAAACACACAGUACACACAAUCUCACAUACAGUUCAUGCACACGACUGCUCAGAUCCUACUUUUAUUCUGCAAAAU